AUGCAACCAACUAAAAACGCCUCAGUUGGGGACGUGCUCCGCAUAUCCCAAUCGCCAUACGAGCCUAAAACAUCACCAGAAAUGGGACGUUUUAUUCGGGAAGCAAGAAAGUUAACGCGUAACAAUACGUUUAUUGGCCUGGAGGCUUCCAAGGGCGACAGUAGCGAGCGUAUCCGGCUGAACCUGAAUGAAUCGUGGAAUCGUUGGAGCAGUGCCGAAAAUCUGUCUGCCAAUCGAGUGCAUAGCAAGGCUCUAGUACAAGAAAGCAUGGCAACGAUAGUUCCGACAAAAUUAGCAGAAUUCACCAUUGGAUCGGAACCCACCGAGGAUGACAGUUGCGGAGCAAAGGAGAAGCAAUCGAAUGAUCGUCGUUGUAGCAUGAUUCCUUUGAUGUGUCCGCCAGCGGGACGUCCCAAAGUGUCGCAUGUUCCAGUCGAGAGAGAAAAAAUGCGUAAAAAACCCCCAAUUCCUCCAAAAGCACCAGUAAAACAUCAAGACCACAUCAAAAUCUAUCGAACUGAGCGUUUGCAGGAGAAGAAAAUGGAUAUGGAACAGCAGUUGGAAGAAAUAAGGGAAAAGAUUGCUCUUGCCGCACUGAACGGACAAAGGGAUAGCCAACGUAUUCGUGAAAUAAUUGAGCUCUUUAAAAAAGAGAUCGAUGAUGUGAAAUCUACAUGCGAAACGCUAACGGACGCCGUGCAGCGAUUGCAGAAUUCGGAUGAUAUAUUCCUGAAAAUGAAACAUGAAGGAGAGUUUUCGUUCUACUCCCGAUCGUAUGCAGUUUCCAAGAAAAUCCUGAGCAAUACUUUUCGCAGAAGAAAGAGCAAUUCUGCACGUUCGACAAGUUUUGAACCGCACGCUGGAACAAGUGGUGAACCUGGAGCUUUAAGCGAUACAGAAAUCAGCAGUCGGCGAGCGAUUGAGCAACCAGUCGUUUCAGCCGGUGGUGAUGGUGAUCAUCGUCCAGUUCGGACUAAUAGUGCACCAGAACCCCCCAGGAAUGUAGUGACUUCGAUGUACUACGUUUCGGAAAUACAAUCUCUCGAAAUGGACGACGUUACAGAGGCAAGAAACGACCCUGGUAACACAUCGUUUAAAACUUCCGAACAAGAAUUGGUGACAAAGAAAAAGACCAGAAUGGCCAAAAUUGGUGGCUGGUUUAAACGUGGCAAGCGCUAGAAGAUGAUCUCCCUGUUAUGCCACCUUUGUUCACUUCCAAAUUAGA